UUUAGGUAUUCAGACUCUUGUCCAUGCCUGGAGACCCGAAUUCAGAACUGGCCCGUGCACCUCCAACCUUGGCAUCGAUAUUAGGUGUGGGAGCAAUUUAGAGUCUUAAUGACAACUGCGGUUUGAAGUCUCCUCCCACGAGACCAUCCGAGGGAAGACUCUAUGCCCUCCCCCUUCCUGGAGCGUGACCCCCUUCUCGACUGAAUCCUGUGGUAACUGGUCAGUUGGUGCGGAACGAUGGAAGAAAACCUUUCCAAAGCUGUGCCCAAACAUGUACACCAUCGCCGCAGCUCCGUCAGAUCGAGCCUGUAUGGAGACGUUCGUGAUCUAUGGAGCACGGCCGAGCUGUCUACAGCGAACGUGUCGGUGUCCGACGUCUGCGAGGACUUCGACGAGGAGGGCAGAACUGUAGAGAAGUCUCGCAGGUACAGCCAGACCAUUUCUAUGAAGGAAAACCUCAACCUCAACCCAGAGGAGAUCCAGCAGCAAGCGCGUUUAGAGCUAGCGCUGCGCCGUGGCAGAUCCUUGGAGCGCGAUCUUGCGGUAGAUGAGGAGGAGGACGAAUCUGUGAUCUCCCUUGUAAAGUCUACUUCAGAAUCAUCACUCAGUCUGUCAAAGCAAAUGCCGCAUCAAGCCUACUGGACAGAGCAGCAGAACAGGCUGCCCCUGCCCCUGAUGGAACUCAUGGAGAAUGAAGUUCUGGACAUUCUCGGCAAAGCCCUCAGUAGUGAGCAACCCCACCCCAGCUUCCACAAAAGAUCCUGCAUAUAAGGCCACGAUUGGCAAGACCCACUUUAUGACUAAAGAGCUGCAGGGAUACAUCGAGAGGCUCAAGAAGCGCCGGAACCAGAGACUGUACUGUAUGUCUCUGUGAACCUCCAAGUGGCCGGCCAGAAUCAGUCCCGUGCCCUGUCCCAUUCCCCGGACCCAAGCUCGAUCCCAUCUGCUUGGAAUUUGAGCCCUAAAGAAUAAAUUAAAGAGUCUGUGCAUGGUU